GCCAAAGCAUUUUGGCAUUGUAAAAAAAAUGUUGAGAUGAAAACAAACCCUUUUUCUCCGUUUAAACUUUCCUCGGUGCGCCUUGCCGUCCAAAAUCAGUAGGCUAUCCCAUGUGCCCCUACUUUUGUCUUCCCAAGUUUAUCCUCCGCCCAUCAGCAUACGUCUCUUUCUCUCCCUCUCUCUCUCUUGUCUCUUUUUGUCAAUAAAACUCCCGUGUCUUUCCGGUACCCCUCUCUCUCACCGUUCAUCUGGCAGGGCAUAUAGUCUGAUCUCUCCCGUCUUGAAUUCAAUAAAGGACGACAACUUUAUCCAGAAACAUGUUGUGGAAAUCACGGACCAAGACAGAACCUUACUGCCUACAGGACCGUGCGGACGGACUGUCCAGCUCCUCUUCGAGCGGGCGACUCUCGCAGCUCUCUUCGCUGAACCAGGCAGCGUAUUCCUCGGCUCCCCCUCUCUGCCACACUCCGGCGUCUGACUUCCAGCCCCCCUACUUUCCACCUCCAUACCCCCAGUCCUCACUGUCUUAUUCCCAGAGUCAAGACACUGGAUACCCACAUUUACCGGACCCCUAUCAGUCCAUCAACUCCCUUCAUCAGCACCAGCAGGCAGCGUGGCACUCCCAGCGCUCGCGCUCAGAGGACGCGGGGCUUCUGUCGCAGUCACACCGCGCUCUGAGCUUAGAUCCGCGGCGGGAGUAUCCGGGCGUUCCGCGGCUGCUCCAUCAUGGACUGGGUGAAGGAGCAGCGGCGCUCGGUGAAGGUCCUCUGGGAAUGCAUGCAGUGGGUCAUCACGGUCUGGAUGACAUUCAGGGUAUGGAGGAGGCAUCUGCUUUGGGGAUCCUGGACCAUUCUGUUAUCAAGAAAGUUCCAGUCCCAUCAAAGCUAAAUGGCUCAGCGGUCUCUGCCUUGUCCCUCACUAAAGAAGGCCUGGGUUUGGGAUGUGUGUCCAACCCUGCAGAGGUUUUCUGCUCUGUCCCGGGCCGCUUGUCGCUCCUCAGCUCCACCUCUAAGUACAAGGUCACAGUUGGAGAAGUCCAGAGACGCCUGGCUCCACCUGAGUGCCUCAACGCCUCACUGCUGGGAGGAGUCCUGCGCAGAGCCAAGUCCAAAAACGGGGGCCGCUGUCUGCGAGAACGUCUGGAGAAGAUCGGCCUCAACCUGCCUGCCGGUCGACGAAAGGCAGCCAACGUCACACUCCUCACAGCGCUGGUGGAAGGUGAGGCGGUUCACCUCGCACGGGACUUCGGGUAUGUGUGCGAGACCGAGUUCCCUGCCCGGGCCACAGCUGAGUAUCUGUGCAGACAAAGUGACCCAGAUCAGCUGCCCACACGACGCAGUAUGCUGCAUGCCACCAAGGAGAUUUGCAAGGAGUUUAUGGACCUGAUGUCGCAGGACAGGUCGCCGUUGGGUGCCAGUCGCCCCACACCCUGCCUGGAGCCCGGGGUGCAAAGCAGCCUGACCCACUUCAGCCUCCUCACCCACGGUUUCGGCACACCCGCCAUCUGUGCCGCCCUGUCGGCCUUCCAGAGUUACUUGCUAGAGGCCCUAAAACUGCUGGAUAAAGGAGAGGGAGGAGGAAAAAGCCACCACGACAAGGAACUCAAGCACCGCAAAUGAACAAUCGGGAGAGAGACACUACCUCCCUCACUUUUAGGAGUGUAUGAGUGUAUUUAUGUGUACGAAUGUGUGUUCACCCCACCGUUUCACGCCUGUACGAACCGAUUGCAUUCGUCUCUGAUGAAAUCCAAGAUCUCCAGAGAAAGAGGAAAUGCCACGAUGCUUUGCGCUGCAUGCGGACCACAAACUCCCAAUGGAUCCCCAUGACUGACUUGUACGGGGCCCUACAUGGUGCUCUCUGGAGAUCGGGCCCCUGAACCAAAUUCAAAAGAUGGCAGAGACAAUUAAGGAUGGGGGCGUAAAAGUAAAUAGCCACUGACAAACAAAUUUCAUUGUGAAAUGUCAUUUUGUACUUCAUGUUGUAUGUUUAUUAUCAAUGUUACCGUUAUUCUUAUUGCCGUAUUGCAAUGUAAAUGUAAUAUAUUAUUAAACCAACAACUGAAUUCAACCGCUUGAUGCUGAGAAUGACUUCCUGAUGAACCCCCCACCACUUUUUAUUUAUUUUUUUAUACACAACUAGCAGGUUUUUGCUUUGCAUAAAUGGACUUGUUGGCAUAGUAGAAAUCUUGGCGUGAUUACAAAAUUAGUGUGAUACAAAUUGAACACCCAGGGGGAUGUUUGAAAUUUCUAGCCCCAUUUGCUAAAGGCAGGGUGACAUUAACCCAAUCCGAAACCUCAAUGUGACACAGUGGCAAAUCCGGCAGAAUUACCUUUGAGAUAAAACAGUCCUGACCACUAACCCCCGGGGGCUCGGCAAUCACUACAGUCGGCGAACGCAGCUAAACAGUUGCUAGGCUCUUCUCUUCCACCGCUUCUGUCUCCUCUCACCCCAUCUGUCACUCUACCUUUCUUCAUCUGCUCAGGGGCAUCCAUCUCCAUACCUGCCCCCCUGCCGGCUCUCACUCACACGAGCGCACACAUAUACCCAUCCUGAGUGUCAAUCCCCCGCUUCCCCCUCGCCGUGACCCCCUCCCUCCCCUCAUCUCUCUUGUCUCUCUGACACUCAGCAGGGCUGCUCUGCAUUUCGCUCUGCCUGCAGGCGAACAUAUGCUGCUCGUCCCUUUAGAUUCCGGUGUGUUCAGGAGAGAGGGACUGUUUAAUGUUUAUUAAUCACCUGUCUGUGGAGGAGAGAGAGGGGAAGGAGACACACUCGUCUGAGUGCAAAAACACUUGUGUACAAAGCAGUGAGGAAACAAGUACACAUCCAAAGAUAGCAUAAGUGCACGCCGCUCCUUAUUUCUCCUCUACUUCUGUACUCCGCAGUACGACGCAAAUAGAUCCAACAAACUU